UGUGCCUUUCCUCCACGUCAAAAUUAGUUAUAGCAUUAUUAUUUCUUGCUCUCCCCGAUACUCAACUUACUUUCUUCUGUCUAGAAAUGUUCUCAGAUUAUAAUCAACAUUUCCCAAAUAAACAAUACUUGAGUGUAUCAUGGGUUGCACUCAUAUUUUUUGCAGUCCACUUCAACCACAUAACAGAAAAAACUCAAAAACAUUUUAAAACUACUUGUGUGCAGGUCGAGUUGCACUCAUUGACCAACUACAAGUUUGAAGUGGCAAACCUUUUUUAUCUCUCCCCCUCCUAUAAAUUGAGAUGCAAAAACCAAAGAGCAACCCCACAGACAGAAACCCAAAGAAUCAUAUCAAGAAGAGUACUAAAAGAAAAGAUGAAGACAUCAAGAAUUGGGUCGAUCUUAAUGAUAGUAGGAGCGAUAUUAUUGAUAUCAAACUCAAAUGAAGUAAUGGUGGAAGGAGCAGAUCAAGUGGCAUGCAAUCCGAUGCAAAUGAGUUCUUGUAUGAACUCAAUCGUAUCAGGGACUCCACCAUCAAGCCAAUGUUGCAGCAAGAUCAAAGAGCAAAAGCCCUGUCUCUGUGGUUACCUCAAAAACCCUUUCCUUAAGAGCUUUGUUAGUUCCCCAAAUGCAAGAAAAGUAGCUAAUGAUUGUGGAACUCCUUUCCCAAAUUGCUGAACAAUCAUCUAUUUCAUAAUUGCCUGCUUGAUUGUGUGUCUGUGUACUGUUUCUCAUCACCAAUCCUUCUUUUGUGUUCUAUGUGUCUUCUUGUGUGCAAACUGCUCCGUUUUAUGUUUGUGUUUUGUUGAAUAAUAAUAUGUAAUGCACAACUAAUACUUUGGUAA